AUGCCCUCCAACUCUGGGGGCUACACCCAGGUGGAGGUUAAAGGAUAUGACUUACAGACCAAGGAAAGGAAAGGCAGCCAGGGCUUUGUGUUCCCAGACCUGGGUGCCUUGACUCCAGGCAGGGAAUUUCCAGCUAUUUGUGAAUCAGGCCCACCUGGGGGAAUUAAGGCGGCUUCCAAGAAGGGAAAGGGGAUUAAGUGUUCUCUUAGGGUGCCUGGGGAUGUGGAGAGGAGCCUCAAAGGCCAUCUUUGUGGUUGCCUGGAGCAGAAAUACCCAACAGAGCAAUUUAGAAUCUACUACACACAUUGCUAUUCGAACACUCACAGAAAACUAUUAUCUUCCCCCCGCCCUCUACAAAGCAUCUCCAGGGCUCAUAUUAUUGUGAGGCCUCUAUUUUCAUCCUUGCAACCAAUGUUCAGAGCUUACAGAGCUUAUCAUGUUUAUUACAUAACAAUAAGACAUAAGCCAAAACAACUUGCUGCUGGGCUUUUAAACAUAGCAACAGCAGAAAUCUUUUCUGGGCUUAAGAAAGAGCCACUUCAAAUGUCUACUACUUUCAGCAAUUUUCUGGUCUAUGGAAUGAAAAGUCUAAAAUUCACAGAAGCCCUCUGCUCCACCAUCGGACUUCAUGACGCAAGGGGGCGGGUGGGGAAGAAAGUGGCGCGCUCCCUCGUUGUUGGGAUUCACAGGCUGCCUCUCAAAGGAGUAUUGCCUGGGUGGCGAAUGCUCUUGGAGGAGAAAAGAGAAAGGCAUGAAACGGGGACUCGUCAAAGUUGCCACCAUGGUAAUGUCACUCAGUGGCACAGGGCUUGUUCCUCCCUUUUGUUCUCCUUUUUUUUUACCCCAGGUGAAGAAAUUGGGCUUUUCGAGGAGGGGCUGAGAGCUCGAGUCAGUCUAGCUUUGCCUAAUGCCUUAGGAAUGCGAGCUCUUUAUGGUCCCAUGGCCCCCACCCCCUUUUGUGCCCUGCAGCCACAGAACCCUCACAUGAAGAGAAAAUGGACAACGAACCCCACAGACAUCGCCAUCACGUGGAAGCUGGCAUGUAAGGCCCUGACAUCUACUCUGGGUCCGCCUGAGCCUUACUGA